AUGAAGUUUAUCAUCUUCCUCUUAGCUUUUACACUUAUCCUAGCCUAUCAAAACUCUUUAUCCCCUUCAUCCUAUCAAAUUCCAUUAAAACGAAUAUCUCUAAACAAGCAGGAAAAGCAAGCCCUCAUAUCUCUCGUCUCAAAAUCCCAAACAUCUCCAAUCACCCUUUCAGACACACCUUCUAACAAUUUUUUAUCCCUAAAAUCUCAUUCGAAAUCAAAAAUCAAGCUAAAAAACUUUGCAAAUACAGUAAAAUCACCUAACUCCCCCCCCCCAUCCUUGAUCGAACGACGGCGAGUCGUUCGAUCAAGGAUGGGGGUUAAAAAAAAAUUUUUUUUAGGAAAAAAAAAUUUAUAUAUAAAAUAAAAUAUAUAUAUAUAUAUAUUUAUUUCCUUUUAAAUAAGAGUGUUAAGAGUAUUUCAUAAUUAUUUUUACAGCAAAAAAUUGAAUUAAUUUCAUAAAAAUACCAAUUUUUAAUAUUUUGGUUUAUUAGCUACACCUUUAAACUGUAUAAAUUUUAAUUUGUUCCUCAUUAAAUUAAUUUUUUUUUAUUAAAAUUUUAAAGAAUCUCUAUUUUAUUAGAUUAUUGAGUUUUUAAGCCUAGGUUGAUAACUAAAUCACUUCGGAUGGUUGACUUCGAAGCUUUCUAUCGUCUCAAAGUCUUUGAAAACAACUUCAUUAUGUACAUCUUCCCAAGCUUUUGAUAACUAAUAUAUUUUUAUAUAUAUAAAAUUUUGCAUGAUAUGAAAAUCGUUCGAUCAAGGAUGGGGGUUAAUUUCCCCAAUUUUUAGGAAUUUUUACAGUCAAUCGUUCGAUCAAGGAUGGGGGGGAGUAAAAUUAAAAAAAUAAUUUUUUUUAAAAAAAAAUUAAAAUACUGUACUCAAUUUGUCGGCUCUGUAGGCAUCGGGAAUCCUCCACAGUUUCUCGACGUCAUUUUUGAUACCGGAAGUGCCAAUUUCUGGGUAAAUUCCAAGCUCUGCAAAGAUCCACCAUGUCUUCAGCACGAUGCUUAUGACCACACUAAAAGUAGUGACUAUGAAACUUACGGACCUCAAGUCGAGGUCACAUUUGGAACUGGAUCUAUAGAAGGGAUUAUUAAUUACGAUACUGUCACUUUUGCAGGGCUUACUUUACAUCACCAAACCUUUGGGGAAAUAACUGAUGAAGAAGGCGAAGUUUUUGACGAUGGCAAAUUCUGUGGGCUGCUUGGCUUAGCGUUUCCAUCUUUGGCAGCUGAGGGAACUCUCCCUGUUUUUGAUAAUGUUAUCAAAUCUGGACUAUUGGAAAAUAAUAUUUUUGCAUUUUAUUAUUCAUUAGAUCCAGAUGAGACCUCAGAAUUAAUGGUGGGAGAUGUUAAUGAGAAGAAGUUUAAAGGAGAAAUUAAUUGGGUGCCGAUUAUGGAAGGGUUUGAGUAUUAUUGGCUGAUUGAGAUUGAAGAUAUUAGGCUUGGAGAGAAAAGUUUAGGAUUGUGUGAGAAAAAGCCUUGUAGAGGUGCCGUGGAUACUGGGACUUCGUUGCUAGCAGCCCCUUUUGAGCAUUUAUUUGCAGUUUAUGAGAAUUUAUACCUUUUUUAUUUAGCUGCCAGCUAGCUGGCAGCAAUUUUUUUAUUAAAAAAUAGUAAAAAAUAUUCAAUUGGAGAAGGAAUAGAUUCAGACUGCACAAGUUACGAAAAAUACCCUGAUUUUGUAUUUGUGAUCAAAGGAAAAGAAUAUAGGAUUAAAUCUAAAGAUUAUGUAAUUACUAUGAAUGAUGACGGUGAAGAUAACCCUGGGAUGCAUUCUGAUGAUUUUAGUGAGUGCACUUUGGCUAUUAUGGGUCUUGAUGUCCCUGAGCCUAGUGGCCCAUUGUGGGUGCUUGGUGAUAUUUUCUUAUCAUCGUAUUAUAGCGUAUAUGAUAGAGAUAAUAACAGAGUUGGCUUAGCAGAAGCUGUCCAUAAAUAA